GGGGAGGAGGAGGGAUGCUGACCCAGGUUCAGUAGCAACCAGACCCUGCAGCAGCACGGCGGAGCACCGGGGAGAGAAAUCGGAGUGUCGGGGUCCACGGUGGGACAUCCGGACCACGGUGCAGCUGGGACGGGGCCCGCAUGAUUGCUCGCUGUCUGCGGGCUGGGAUGAUGCUGAUGUGCGCAGAGCAGGGCGGCGGAAUCCUGCAGAGCGAGAGGCACCGCGCCGCAAACCCGCAACCGUGCGUGAGACGCCGCUGCAGGGAUUCGCGCUUCCCUCCAUCACACCCUCACCGACAGAAACCCGGAUUUCCAAACCGAUGCAUGAGCCACACAACCGGGUAACGGACCAUACCUCUGCAACCUAAUUAAUACCCCACCCUGACCGCGGAAUGAGGCGGGGGGCUUGCAGCGGACGGGGAGACCAGCUUUGAACCGACCCCUGCGUUCAUUUCAUUUUUACCGCACCUGCUUGGAUGUGCACGCACCGCUGGUUCUGAGUCGUGCGACAGAGCAGAGAGGAAACGAUGUUGGUGCGAUGCUACCGGGGCAAGCUGUCCGUGUGGGCCGCCCUGUGCGUGCUGGUCCUCUGCUGGUUCUACAUUUUCCCCGUGUACAGAGUCCCCAGCGAUAAAGAGAUAGUGGACGAGGUGCUGAGGAAGGGCAGAAUGUGGGAGAAGAACCAGACGGGCAUCGAUCUGUACAGGAAGUUGUUGACAGACUGCUGCAAUCCACGGAGGAUGUUCGCCGUCACCAAGGAGAACUCGCCAAUGGGAAAGGUCCUGUGGUACGAUGGGGAGUUUUACCACUCGCACACAGUCAAUAACGAGACAUACCCACUCUUUGUGCAGGACAACCCUCUGCAGUUCCCCCUGAAGAAGUGCGCGGUGGUGGGCAACAGCGGCAUCCUCCGACACAGCAAAUGUGGGCGGCACAUUGAACAGGCCGACUUCAUUAUGCGGUGUAACCUUCCGCCACUCUCAAAGGACUAUGUGGAGGAUGUGGGAAUCCGAACACACCUGGUAACAGCCAACCCCAGCAUCAUAGAGAAAAGAUUCCAGAACCUUCUGUGGUCGAGAAAAGCCUUCGUGGACAGCAUGAAAGUCUACGGCUCCAGCUACAUCUACAUGCCAGCGUUCUCCAUGAAGCCCUGCACCGACCUGUCCCUGCGGACAUAUUACACCCUGGCAGACACCUCCUCCAACCUCACCAUGCUCUUUGCCAACCCAGAGUUCUUGCGCACGGUGAGCAAAUUCUGGAAAGCCCGAGGCGUGCACGCCAAGCGCCUCUCCACAGGGCUCUUCCUAGUCAGCCUGGCCCUGGGGCUGUGCGAGGAGGUGACGGCCUACGGCUUCUGGCCGUUCUCCAUUGGCCUGGACGAGCAGCCGGUCAGCCACCACUACUACGACAACAUCCUGCCCUACAAGUGGUUCCACACCAUGCCCGAGGAGUUCGUCCAGCUCUGGCACCUGCACAAAAGCGGCACGCUGCGCAUGAGGGUGGGACAAUGCCCCCCUUAGGGAUGAGGGAGCCUGAAAUGAUGGCAGUCAGUUGAGGUUUAGCUGGUUAAAGGAUGCAGACUGAGAUGUUUGGGUUGUGGAUCAGCAGGAAGUGGUUGUCAUGACGCAAAUGGGUGCACAUACAAUAUUUCCUCUGAGAAACCUCAGUGCUGCAUCUGUGUCUAUACAUGUUGCUGCUGUACCCCCAAGAUAAUCCCUAAUUAUAAUGAGAAUGUCCUCCACCCAGACCAGCAGCAUCGAACAGAGAAUACACUGACACAGGCACACACACUCACACACUCACACACACACACACACACACACACACACACUUACACCUACACAUACAAACACUCUCCAAAAAAACCUCGAUGAAGCUGUACUUCAACCCCUUGUCUCUGAAAUCGUGUGUGUGUGUGUGCAUGGAUGUGUGUGUUUUUUAUGGAAAGCCCCUCGACUGGGGCACAGUAAGGUGCAAGUGUGCAAGGCUGGGUGUUUGGGGGGGAUGGGGUCCUUUUUUUUGUCUGCGACUGUAUCUGACUGUCAUACGGGGCAGCUGGAAAACCCCCCUCUGGGUCUUUGUUCAACAGAGACAGGAGGAGCGGGGGAGCAGGGGAGCAGGGGGGAAUAAUAAAAUGCUCUUAAAGUAGAGUGGUGAAAAUGCGAGGUACAAGGGAGUGAUAAUGGUUCCCUGCUACCUUGUAGCUUGAAUAGGACUGGAGAAAAAAGAGUGACAGCGGGAGAAAGAGGGGCUGGUGUGCGUCUGAAAGGCUUUUUCUUUGCUUUCUUCUACCAAGCGCUUGAUUGGCAUUCUGCGGAGCCAAGUAGAGCUUUAGUUCCAAGAGGGAACCGUUAGAAAAGGAGUCUUAAAUACUACGUCUCCCAGAAUGUUUGGCCAAGUUGCAUUUUAACCCUUCACUGAAAAGGGAAAAAGAUAACACACGUUUUUUUCUUUGCCAAAUGUGAUUAUAAUUUUUAUUUCAGGAUUAAUGUGAGUUCUUUUUUUUCAUGGUCAUGAAGAGAAGGGAUGAAGCAUUAUCGGCACGUGUGAACAUUUACAGCUAAAAAAACAGAAAACACUGAAUCACACAUACAGCAGGUACCUCACCUUUCAUUCAACAUCGACAAUGACGGACUGUUACGAUGUACGAUUCACACAAGCAGGCUGUGUGGACAGAAAACAGCCUGCGUCUUUUAGAGGGGCUUCUAGAAGUCGCCUCAAGGUAACAGCACUGAUCUUGCCAAGUGGCGAGCCAGGGGAACAGUGCUCUCUUUGAUUCACUUCCUCACCCUGUCCUUGUGCUCUUGAAACAGCGAGACGCUCAUAUAAAGAGAGGUAGUGACGGAGACGGUACUCGGGGACUGGACGUCACAAUGAGGCAUUUUAAUGGCAGAUUUAUGCCGGACACCUUAUACGUUAAACAGUGGUUUAUUUAAGCUGUUGCUGUUGUUUGAAUUUCGCCUCUGUCCCCGUGCUCCAUAAUUGUAAUUUUAUUUUGGUCUCAAGGGAAAAAUAACUUAUGUACAGGCCGCCAUGACAGAUGUUUUUUUUUUUGUACUCGCAGGCCUUGCAGAUGAAAAACUAUGAUUUUCAAAAUUUUGUUUUCUUAUUUAAAAGUGAUAAAAAUGUGACCGUGCCAUAUUGUCAGUAACCGCAACAAAAGACGACUCUGCAUGGAAAGUGCAUGGAGUGCAACCCUCCUCCGACUCAAGGUGCAAAAACAUGUUGAUAAGUACGUGUUUUAUAUACGUUUAUCCGCCUUCCUGCCUGUUAAAGCCAAUGAGGUCCAUUGAUCUGAGGACAUUUCCAACGUCGAUCCUGCUCUUAAAUGUGUCCCUGACUUUAAAGUUGAAUUAACUUGGGCUACAUCCACACGACUACUUUUCUCGUUGGAAAGUGCAUCAACUGUGCUACGGAAACGCUGCUGGCCCCAUUUUAGUUUGAAAGCUCCAGGGAUGACUUUAAGUCUGGACGGGCAGACACGGAGACGUCUGGAAACAAUGAUGUAGAUGAUGCUGAUUGGUUCUUUUCAGUCAUGACGUAUCGUUCGCUCCUGCCACAGGAGCCCCCUUCUGGUAGAUUAGCUUUAGUCUUUAGCCUUUGAGACACUGGCAUAUGUAUACCCAGAGCAUGUGAGCCGUCACACGAUACACGUUUCAGGCCUGUUAGUAGGGGCGAGGAUUAAAACUGACACAGAGCCAAAAUGCUCCUGUUGACAGAUAUUGUUGUUUAGUUUCAAAAUAAAACAUAGUGGUAUGGAUGUAGCCCCAUAAGUGAACUUAAAACUGCUGGACCAAGUUAAUGAAGUGAAACAAAAUCAAAUAACUUCCAGUCCAAUUGCACAUGUCAAACUUUUUUUUUUGUACUGUGAUGUAAAAUUGUUUUGCACCUUUUAUUUGUUUUUCCUCUCCUGCCCAGUAUUGUGAAUGAACGAGUUGUGACAUAGUGUGAAAUUUUAAGUAAGCAUGAUGAUUUUUAAAUGUGUAUGUGCUUUUUGGUACACAGAUCUAUUUUCAUUAUGUUCGGAUUCUCGCCCUCAUUCCAUCCCACGUGACGGACAGAAGAGCCACAGUGAAGCUGGGAUUUCUUAUCUGAAGGGGGAUGAAUCUGUGAUGAAAAGUCUUUUAGAUUAGUUUUAAAGCUUAGUUCAUUCUUUAACAGUUGACAUGUUUGAACACUACUUCACAAGUCUAAACAGACGACAUAUGAGGCUCCUGUGCUCUUCCUGCUGUGACCUGCACAACUUAAAUUCACAUAUCAAGUGCAGCUCGAGCGUUUUAAUUGACAUUUUUAACAGUUUCUGUUGCUGAUCCAGCUGUGGAAGAAGAACAUCAGCAACCAGGGGCAACAUAACAUCCACAAUUUGUUACGUUCCAGUCACAGGUUUCAUGUAAAGCACCGUAGAGCGUGAGGCCGCAGGGUGACUAGUUAGUUAGUCUGGUCAUGGAGGUGUCACAUGUUUGAUCUGCUGUAGCAUAUGAUCAGCCGCACUGUCUUUGAGACCCUCCAUUCCUACAUGAUUACAAUGUGAGACCUGCUGCUGUUUCAUAUCAAACGUUACGUUCUGCAGCCAUAUCUCACCUCAUGAUGAUUAAAGUGUUCUACUCUUAAGUUCCUGUUGUUCAUGCUUACGCCUCAGUGCAGGUUUAACACAGCUGAGUCUGGAUUCACCCACAUAAAGACGUUGCAAACUGAAUUUGAAGUGGGUCAAAUAGGGAAAUCAAAUAGACUUUGGUGUUUGAUUUUAGCCUGAAGAAACUACUGAAUGCCACAGCCUGUCCGUGUGAAUUUCAUGCAGCUUUUUUCCAACUAGACUCAGUAGAGCUCAUAUUUGUGCCAAGGAUCAACAGUUCACUGGAUUUUUAUCAAGAUCUCUCGUAGAAAAAUGGCCCAUUUUCAAUGUUAAAUAAAAUGGAAAAACGUUGAUUGAAUCCACUUCAAAAGUUACUGGGUUCUUCCUACUGCACCCUUACACCAGGUUUCAUCCAAAACACCAUAGACAAACAAACUGCAGUUAAAAUAUUAUCACUUGGUGGUAAAUAUGUAAUGGAAAGAAAAAUGUCUCUAUUAAUAAAUAUAUUUACAGUACUAUACAGAGGGCGGCCUAGAGAACCCCCCAAAUAAUUCAAUAUUAGGCAUAUUUCAUGUUAAAACACAUCCCUGCUUAUUGAUCUGUACAGGCUGAGUUGUUGUUACGCAACAAAUUAGGUUAAAACAGUUUGACCCAUUUUUUAUCAAUACCAGUUAUACCUUUAAUCAACUUUUCUACACAAUGAGUGAUGUUAUGGGAAGUUUGGCUCAUUAAACAAAAUGUGCUUCUUUUUUUUUGCUUAAUUGCAAUUGUUACAAAAAGAUGGAAGAAAAGGUUUGAAGGUAUCUCAGUUUGUCGACUCCUCGGCUCUUUGAAUUCCUGUGGUGUGAACGAGGCUGCCUGAGCAUGUUAACAUUAAAUCUGAACUGCAGUUCAAAAUGGACUAAACCAAUUGUUAUGUGCCACCUGAGUUAAAUUGUGAAGGACGAACAAGACAAAAACCGAAUGAAAACAAUCAUAUCUAUGUACAAUAAAUAAAAGAAGGAAAA